AUGGGAGUACAGGAUGAAAUUCCAAAAUGCCAGGAUGGAAACAAUACUGCUAAGAGUUGUUGCCCCUGUUUUCAAGAGUCAAUGGACAACUGUACGUCAGCAUGUCCACAAGAUUACCUUCUUAUUAAUAUGUCAAAACCUAUAAACUGUGAGAAAAAAUCCAGUUCAGCGUCCAACGAAACAACAACUAAUAUAACAACAACAACAGAAGCCAUGGCAACAGAAAAUUCAACGCUAUCGCCAUAUUCUGAAAAUAGCAUCAGUGUUCUUUAUUGUAUAAAAUCAUGUGAUAUAGGGGAAUGGUAUAAUAAUGAUACGUUGCAAUGUGACGACUGUGACGAGAAAUGUCGUAAAUGUGACAAUAAGGAAAAUUGCACCGUAUGUAAAUACGUAGAUGAGUCCGAUCAGAAUAAAACAUGUCUUGCCGAAUGUCCGGAAGGCACUGAAGAAUCUGACAGUCAGACAAAAGAUGGAGUGAAAUUGUGCAAGAAGUCGGAAGAGGAAGCUGAAAAAUUAGAUUUAACAACUAUAAUAGCCGCUUCUGUCGGUGGUGGUAAAUGA